CCAGCUUCUGGAUUUUCAGGUUUCACGGGGAGUGUGUGUGUGUCAUGAGUGUGUGGCCGUUGUAUGUGUGUGUGUGCGAGUGUGUGUGAGAGCUUUUUUUUUUUUUGUAGUGUGUUUUGUAACCGUUCCCCCAGCUCGGAUACUGUCACCGCCUUGCACCGCAGGCAGGCACCGUGUUCCUACAUGCAAGUUACCGUCGCGGCUCCACAAUCGUUGGCCAGCAAUGACCGAAAGCCCCGCGACCAAGCCAGCCAACGGGGACGUGUGUCAGCGGGUGAAGAACGGACUUAAACCGGAGAGAAACGGCUUAUUGAAGAGCCUCCACCGCUGCCAUGAGCGCCAGUCCAAACACCACUGCCACCCCGAGGAGGAGGAGGUCCAUGCAGCAUCACACCAUGACAGCCUGUACAGCCGGCCCUUCAUCGAGUCUUUCGAGGAGACGCCCAUGCUGGUGGCGGUGCUCACCUACAUGGGCUACGGCAUCCUCACCAUCUUCGGCUACCUCCGCGACUUUCUCCGUCACUGGAAGAUCGAGAGGUGUCACAUCGCCAGGGAGAAGGAGGAACAGAAGGACUUUGUGCCCCUCUACCAGGAUUUUGAGAAUUUUUACACCAGAAACCUCUACAUGCGUAUAAGAGACAACUGGAACAGGCCCAUAUGCAGCGUACCGGGGGCCAAAGUGGAUCUGAUGGAGCGAGCGUCCCACGACUACAACUGGACUUUUGAGUACACAGGUCGGGUAGUGCGGGAUGUGAUUAACUUGGGCUCGUAUAAUUACCUCGGCUUCGCUGAGAACUUCGGCCCGUGUGCUGACUCUGCAGCCGAGGUCACCAUCAAGUACGGCGUCGGAGUUGCAAGCACCAGGCAGGAAAUUGGUAACCUGGACAGACAUGAGGACAUGGAGAAACUAGUGGCUAAGUUCCUGGGUGUAGAGUCAGCCAUGGCUUUUGGGAUGGGGUUUGCAACCAACUCCAUGAACAUACCAGCACUGACUGGCAAGGGCUGUCUGAUUCUGAGUGAUGAACUGAACCAUGCCUCUCUGGUCCUGGGAGCCAGACUCUCCGGGUCCACCAUCAGAGUCUUCAAACACAACAACAUGCAGAGCCUUGAGAAACUGCUGAGAGAAGCCAUAGUUCACGGGCAGCCCAGGACUCACAGGCCGUGGAAGAAGAUCCUCAUAGUGGUAGAGGGCAUUUACAGCAUGGAGGGCAGUAUAGUCCGCCUGCCAGAAGUGAUUGCCCUGAAGAAGCGCUACCGGGCCUACCUUUACCUAGACGAGGCCCACAGCAUAGGGGCCCUGGGGCCGAGGGGGAGAGGCGUGGUCGAUUACUUUGGCCUUGACCCCCGUGAUGUGGACGUCAUGAUGGGCACAUUUACCAAGAGCUUCGGUGCUGCCGGGGGAUACAUCGCAGGGAAAAGGGAGCUUAUUGAGUACCUGCGCUCCCAUUCCCACAGUGCGGUCUACGCCACCUCCAUGUCUCCUCCUGUGGUGGAGCAAAUCAUCACUUCUAUGAAGUGCAUUAUGGGAGAGGAUGGCACAACUAUCGGCUGUGACCGUGUGCGACAGCUGGCAGAGAACACAGUGUAUUUCCGCAAGAGGCUUCGAGAAAUGGGCUUCAUCAUCUACGGCAACGAAGACUCACCCGUUGUACCCAUGAUGCUUUACAUGCCUGCCAAGAUAGGAGCGUUCGGCAGGGAGAUGUUGAAGAGGGACAUCGGCGUGGUUGUCGUGGGAUUCCCGGCUACACCCAUCAUUGAGUCGCGCGCACGCUUCUGCAUCUCAGCCGCCCACACAAAAGAGAUGCUCGACAGGGCGCUGAGUGUCAUCAGUGAGGUAGGAGACCUUCUUCAGCUCAAGUAUUCCCGACACAGAAUACAGCCGUCUAUGGCGCGACCCUUUGACGAUAACAUGUAUGAGGACAUUGACGACUGAUGAACCACUCGUCGCCUGAAGUGGGCAUGAACCUGAACAACCCCAGAAAAUACAGACCAGGUCAAGAAGAUGGAUCACAAGUCUUCCACAAGGACAGAGACGUGCACAGGUGCCCCCGUUGUCACUAGCUUGCCAUAAUGUAACCCUAACCCCCCCCCAAACAAAAGGAAAAACACUUAAAACUAUCAUCUAAUUCUACUUUGCCUUACCUAAACAUGCUGAACGUGUGGUGAACAGACAAAUGGCACCUCUGCUUUUUUCCUGCAUACUUUUAUUACUUUUUGUUUCACUUUGUGUCUUAAGAUUUUUUUUUUUUUGGUUGAUUUGUACGUGUGUAUGUCUGCAGUGCUUGUAGCAUUCCUCGUGUUAAGCCUUGUGGUUGUGUAUGUAAAGUGGACAAAUGUCAACUUUCUAAAUGUCUCUGAAAUUGUGAGCUGCUCAGAUUGUCUUUCAUAAUAUGGAUCUGAAUUGAACUUUAAUGCGGUAAAAAAAUAGAUUACUUUUAAAUAUAAAAUAAAAAAUAAAAAAAGAGAAAGACAUUAUCCAUUAGGAUCAGAUCUGUGACUAUUGUCAUAGGCCAAAUACAGAAAGCGCCGGUUUUUCCAUUGUUUUCACAAGACCACGCGAGUCACCAAAUUUCAUCCCUGACUGUCUGUUUAUGUUAUCUGGACUUGACUUCUGCCAUUGCACUAGUUAGCCUAAACAUUAUAACCCUCACCUGACAUUCUUUUGAGACUUUUUGGUGGCAGUGUGCGGCAAGGCGGCAUAUAGUUUGAUUUUUGUAUGUUAGGGUAGAUCUAAUGGCACCAAGAGGCCGUACUCCUCCUUGAGCUUGACCACCCAUUUCUAAACCAACUGAAGUUUAACAUCAGAAUUAAGCAUGGCAGAAGCGCUACAGAGUGAGAUGGUGUUGAAGAGCAGAUCUUUACCCUGAACAAUGCAAAGACAGUUUGAUAUUUUGGGAAAAAAUAUUGUGGAAAUAAUUAUUUAAAAACUUCAAUAUGAAGCUACAGACCGCUCGUAACUAUUCAGAAAACUACAAAUUAUUAUUAUUUUUUUAUUCUUCAUACACUGACAUAACUCUGCUUGUUUGUUGUUAUACAAUUACAUUGUACAACCUUGGAUAUCUGACUUCACUUGACACAAAGAAAGCCUCAUUCAGGAAGCUCAGCACUACACCUCUUAAAUAGCAAAAGCACAGGGUGAAUAAAUGAUAAAAAAUAAUAUUGAUUUGGCUUUAUUUCACAACAGACACGAGAGUGGUAUCCAUUUUUCUCAUCUAAACUGAAAUCAAAACCCAAGAUGUCACACUAUUCCUUUUUAAAUUUCAGUUUUUGGGAUGUCUGCCUGCUUUCUACAUUACGCUCAUUUACCUACCAUAAGUAGCUUUUUAAUAACAUGCCAUUUUUCAUGAAUUACAGCUUGAGAACUUUAUUUAACAACUAACACCAGCUCCAGGUUAGUACAACCGUGCCAUAAUGGUAAUGGAUCCAAAGUGCUAGUGAGAAAAUGUCUUUAGCCGUGGUAUCGUUUGUGUAAACAGCCGACACACAGAAGAAAACCCCAACGCUGCAUAGCUCCAACAAUCAGAGGUUGAUAUCAUGGCAUCGGUAGAAUCCAUCCAACCUUUCAGGCAUGUCUGUACCUAGAAGAAAAACACAAUCUGUAGUGGAAAAACUCACAAAUCAGUUAGUUCCAAACUAAAUCGUAUCGUUUGUUGACUAAUCGAAUAAUCCAUUUGGAUAUUUUUUGUCGCAUCUACAUUGACGUUGCAAUACUGUAUAAUAUUUAGCUAUUUAUUUUUCCUGUGACAUAAGUUAAGCAUAUGAUUAAAUUCCACUGAAUUAUAUCUUAAUUAAAUCCCACUGUAUCUAUCAGCUGUCAACAACAUCAGUUUUCAUGACUAUAACUUAAGAAAGCAAGAUUAUAAUUCAGAAAUGUCUUUUAAAACCUUGAAUGGGUCGAUUUUCAAUUCCCAAAGUCUGUUACAUGUGGAUUUGUCAGGCUUCUUGUUCUUACAGCCACAGUACGUGACAUGUCACCAUCACUGGCGUGCUUCAAUGCAUUUGCUUCAUGCGUGUUUGUACAGUUCAACGUAUCACAAACGACCUCAUCAAUCAAGUUUCAAGGUCUAAGUUGUGACAGUCGAUAUGAAGUCUGGUUAAAAAGCUGUCUAGAGGAUCAGUUGGGUCAAUUCAAGAAGUGUAAAAUUAUAUUUAGAUACUCAUGUCUCUAGGCAGAAAAGGAGAACAUAAACUAUGAAGACUAAACUAGUCUGGAUGUUUGUAAUAUCAUUAUACAUUUCCAGCCCGUCUCUUGGGCGCCUAUUAAUAAUAACCUCAUUGCUUUGUGUGUGAUAACAUUGUUUUAAUGACUUGUAAAACCAAGUGCUAUCUCUGUGCAGUGAUCUAAAGUCUUUAACAACUUUAAUCAGCUUGACUGGGAACAAGAUUGUGUGCUCGCAUGCUUUCGGGUAUUUAAGUGUGCGUUACUGCACUUUCACCUCACUCUUUCUUUCCAUGUACACACCUUGUCUUAAGAAUUCUCGGUUAAUUUUUACUUUGUGCUACUGAGCUUUGGGACAACGCUCCCAAAUAAGGGCAGCUGUAAAAUCCCACAUGCAUACAUACAUACAUUCAGUCUUGCAUGUAUGGACACUGACGAGUAUUGUGUAACGACUCCUUCCUCAUACUAAUGCAUGUAGAGUAAGAAUUAGCCAUCGAAGCUGCUCUGCGCCACAACCAGUGGUGCUCAAUGAUAUACACUGUUCUGCUAGAUGUGACUUUUUCUUUUUUUUUUUUCUUUUUUUGAAUAUUGUCUUAAAAAUUCUUUCCAGAGAAAGUUAACGUGUGGGCUCCAGGGAGUUUAUUUUUUUCUUUCUUUUAUAUUAAUGUUUGUCUGUAACUGUAGAUGAAAGAUGUUUUUGAUCCUUGAUUUACUGUAGAAAAGGUCUCAAAACCUGAAUCUUGAAAAUUAUUGUCCAUGAGCUACAAGCUACAAUGUUAUUCAUAGAUACAGAAUGUCUAUAUAUAUAUAUAUACACACAUAUAUAUACGUUUGCACACAAGAAAGUCAGCGAAUGAUUAAAAACCAGGCAUUUAAAGAGAAUAUUUUUGCCCCAACACCAAAUGUCCUCAAUGUCUCGAUGAUGCUAUUCUCGAUGUAAAUGAUAUCUUUGUUAGUUGAACAAUAACCAAAUGUAAUCCUGGAUGUUCCAUCCAUGAAAACUACAGUAUGUUCCCCCAACAAUAUUAAUUACGAGAUGCACAACGGCAGAAAAAGAGCUUUGUUGGCGUAAGAUGAAAGACGGUCCCAACAUUUUGUACAAAGUUUAUAUUGUUUCAUUGAAAAGGAGCUACUGAGAAUAUUUUGUUUACUAUAGGGUAACCUGGGAACUAUGGUUAUCACUAUUACUGGCAGCUUAAAGUGCUCGAGUGUGCCAAUAAUAGAGGCAAUCAUUUCAGUGGUUGAGUGCAAGUUACCACACAUCAGAGAUAAUUAUUUUCUGAUAUAGUGCCUUUUGAAGCAAAUGAUUUUCUAAAGAGUUCUGACCACAGUAAAUGUUAUGACUCGUUCAUUUUUACAGCCUUGUUUGACUUCUUUUACUACUUUGUCUUCGAUACUUAUAAUUAGCACCGGGUGUGUUUUCUGUGUUGACUAAUUGCCAUGCAUUUGAUCAUAAAACAUGCACUAUUUGCAACAUAUCAGCAAAUGAAUAAUAUGUAAAUUGUCACCCCUGUCAAAAGUAUCAGUAGGUCAUUAAAACAAUAAAAACAAAUAUUUUAAAUUGCCUUCAA